CACACACACACUCUCUCAUACACACUCACACACACACUGGCUCUCCUCUAUCUGCCUGAAGUCAUUUCUCUCUGUCAUCAGGUCGGGGAGGAGGAGGAGGAGUUCUGCUAAUACUCAGUUUGUUCAGUAGAUCCAUGCUGGCUGGCAUCGCCUCUCCCUGCCCGUGUGAUUGAAGAGGCUUCUCCCCAGCUGCUAGCAGCUUCCCCCCUGCCCAGCGCACUCCCAGGCUGGCAUCAGAGAGCAGCAGCACUUCCUUCCAGCCUGCACCCCUGUCUGACCCUCUCCCCCCAACCCAGGAGAGGGGGGGUCUCACCCAGCUGCAUCCCCCCUCUCUCCUUCACUCUCUUCCAUUCUCUCCAAUUAGUCCUCUUUUUUUUUCUCCCCCUUUUUUUCCUCUAUUUUUCAGCCCCCCCCCCAACCCCUUUUGUGUUUUUCUGAUCUCCUUGAGAUCUUGGAUGGGAAUCAGGAAAUUUAGGAGCUUUGCAAGAUCCAUUCAAGAAAAGAGAAGAAGGAGGAGGAGGAGGGAGAUCUAAGCCAAAUAGGAAGAGAGGAAGAAGCAGCAGAACAAACCCAAGGCAUUUUUUUUUUCUUCCUAUUUGUGAUUUUUAUUUUUUUAUUAUUUUUAUUGUGAUCUGGAUUGAAGAGGAAAAAAAAAACAUCACUAUUAACAAAAAAGGCUUUGGGAGAAGGUGGUGUGGACUGGAGAAGAGAUGCCCAGGAGGAAACAGCAGGCACCAAAAAGAGCAGCAGGCUAUUUUCAGGAUGAAGAGGAUUUAAAAGGUGAUGAAAUGAAGGAUGAUGAAGAAGAGGAUGAUGAUAGUAAUUCCAUAGCUCAGCAGCAAGACAGCUCUUAUUCACCUACUGAUGAAGAGCAGGAGAUAGGUGGGGAACUUAAGAGGAGUUUUGGCUACCAGAGUUCCCCAGGAAGUCAUCUAUGCAACCAAGAUGGGGAAAGUGAGUCUGUGGUCAGUGAUUCCAGCGAUAAAGGUAGUGACAUCAAAGGCCCAUCUUCUAAAGAUGCUCAGGAUCCAAAAACCAGCCCUGCUCCAAAGCCUCAAGCAGAGGGGCACGAUUGCAUGAAUAAAAUGAAGACAGCCUAUGCCAACAUAUUGUCAGAUUCUUACUGGGAAAGGAUAGGACUUAAUGUCAAGGUGCCUCAUUCAGAGAGGAAAGUUUGCGAAAGUCGCAACGGAGCGAGCAAAACUGACUUCGAUUGGCACCAAGAUGCACUAUCCAAAAGUUUACAGCAAAACUUGCCUUCAAAGUCAGUGUCUAAGCCAAACCUUUUCAGUUCAGUCCAGUUGUACCGUCAAAAUGCAAAGAUGUACGGCACCGUCUUUACCGGAGCUAGUAGGUUCCGCUGCCGGCAGUGCAGCGCAGCUUACGACACCUUGGUGGAGUUAACGGUGCAUAUGAACGAAACGGGCCAUUACCAAGAUGACAACCGCAAGAAAGACAAAUGCAUAUCAACCAGCUACUCCAAGUCAAGAAAAAGAGCUUUCCAUGAUAUGGACAAGGAAGAUGCUCAGAAAGUCUUAAAAUGUAUGUUUUGUGGUGACUCGUUUGACUCUCUCCAAGACUUAAGUGUCCACAUGAUAAAAACUAAACAUUACCAAAAAGUGCCUUUAAAGGAACCCAUACCAACACUUUCUUCAAAACUGGUAUCCCCAGCAAGAAAACGUGUGUUUGAAGCCACAAGGCCGUGUUCACCAGAUUCUACCACAGGUUCUUUUGGGGAUCAUGGCUCCUCACAUAAAAAUGGCAGCGUACAGCUAUCCUCCAACAAUCGCUAUGGCUAUCAGAAUGGGGCCAGCUAUACCUGGCAAUUUGAAGCCUGCAAAUCUCAAAUUUUAAAGUGCAUGGAAUGUGGAAGCUCCCAUGACACCUUGCAACAGCUUACGACACAUAUGAUGGUUACUGGACAUUUCUUAAAAGUAACUAACUCAGCUUCCAAGAAGGGAAAACAGCUAGUCUUAGACCCGCUUGCUGUAGAAAAAAUGCAGUCGCUAUCAGAAUCGUCACCUAAUGAUAGCCCAUCCAAGCCAUUUACAAAUUCACCGUCUGGCAGCUCAACGCCUGAGCUAAAGGCAUGUAAAGAAAGUAGAUCAGACAACUUAGAAGAUGGAAACAAAGAAGAAAAAUCAGAGACAAGCGAAGAACCUGAAGAUGCAGUUGAAAAACCAUUAGACCCUACUCUCAAAUACCAGUAUCUGAGAGAAGAAGAUCUGGAUGAUGGUUCAAAAGAAGGUGGUGACAUCUUAAAGUCUCUUGAAAACACUGUAACCUCAGCUAUCAACAAGGCUCAAAAUGGAACUCCAAGUUGGAGUGCCUACCCCAGCAUCCAUGCUGCCUAUCAGAUCACAGAUGUCAUAAAACCAUCAGUUUCACUUGGCACUCAAGUAAUGCAAAUGAGAAAUACAUUCUCCAACAAAUUUCGUCCCAUUGCACCCAAGAGUAAAUCUGUUUCACACGUUCCCAACACGCCACAUGAACUACAGUCAACCCAAGUAAAGGAGGAAUCAGAAGUCAAGGAGGAUCAAAAAGAGACAACCGAUGACUCUGAAACUAUGUCAGUGGACAAAGAUGAAGAUUCUCCAGCAGUGCAAGUCUCUUGUGAGGCCACUAGGAGAGAUUCAAGCUGCACCGAGGAGGAAAAGAUAAAACAAAACUGCGAGAAAGAAAAAGCAAGAAUCCAGGAAUCAAUGGAACCUUCACUGAGCAGCAACGACUGCUCUGCAUUAAGAAGUUCUGCAAAUUGUUCUCCAGAUUUACCUUGUGUGAAUCCACUUAGUGCUUUACAGUCUGUCUUAAACAACCAUCUGGGAAAAGCCACUGAAUCACUAAGGCCCCAGGCCUGUUCAAACACAAUCAAAAUAUUUCCCAAAUCCACUAUGAACAAAAGCGAGAGACCAAUUGCAUGUCUAACUCCCCCACGGCCUGUACGCAGCUAUUUAUUUGAUGCUAAUGACCAACCCAUAGAUCUUACCAAAACAAAAAGCAAGAGAUUAGAGUCAGCAAAAGCACAGUCUUGUACAUCUCCACCUCAGAAGCAUGCUUUGUCUGACAUAGCGGACAUGGUCAAAGUUCUACCCAAAGCCACCACCCCAAAGCAUGCUGCUCCUGCAAGAAUAGGUCCUGUAAAGAUGGAGAUGGACGCCAGAUGUCUUGAGGAUGUUUCAUCUGAAGUGUCCACAUUACAUAAGAGGAAAGGCAGACAGUCCAACUGGAAUCCUCAGCAUCUACUCAUCCUACAAGCUCAGUUUGCCUCAAGCCUUUUUCAGACUUCAGAAGGAAAGUAUCUGCUGUCGGACCUUGGCCCUCAAGAACGCAUGCAGAUUUCAAAAUUUACAGGACUUUCUAUGACAACGAUCAGCCACUGGUUGGCCAACGUGAAGUACCAACUUCGAAAGACAGGAGGGACUAAGUUUUUAAAAAACAUGGACAAAGGGCAUCCCAUAUUUUAUUGCAGUGACUGUGCAUCCCAGUUUAGAACACCAUCUAGCUACAUUAGCCACUUAGAAACCCACCUUGGGUUCCAAAUGAAAGAUAUGAAUAGGUUGGCCAAUGAACAGAAAACUAAGGUAGAAAAGGAGAUUUCAAGGGUAAAUGCUCAUCGGUCACCUCAGUCUAUAGCGGGCGACGAGGAAACAGACUGUAAGUUCAAAUGCAAGUUGUGCUGUCGGACAUUCGCCAGCAAACACGCGGUGAAACUGCAUCUAAGUAAGACUCACAGCAAGUCCCCGGAAAAUCAUUCACAGUUUGUGUCCGAAGUGGACGAUGACUAGUUUGUAUAUUAUGCAUUAAAUCUCGUGUCUGCUAUCUAUGACUGUACCAACUGAACGGGGCUUGUGUGCUUUCAUAGACGUAGUAGACUUACUGAACAUGUAAGGUGUCUGUAUGAUGUAUAUAUUGGUCUACUUUGCAUUAUGCGGGCAAGGAAGCUCCCUACACACAUAUACAUGUUAUUUACUUUGGGUUCUGUAAAUGCUGCUAUUAAACUUCCAGCCAGGGCAUUGGGAAACGCCUAGUUUAACGACCUUAUGGACUUUUACCAUAGAGUUCAGUGUCCUCUGUGAAACAGCUACAAUCAAAGCACCGUUGGAAUUGUGUAGUGUCAAAGGAACAGUAUUUUAUUUUAGGAUUUAUCUUACAUGCAUUAGCAGAGAACAUUUCUUCGCUUAUUAUAUGCAAUGCACUUCUAAGUAAAGGUGCCCAUACACUAUAAGAUCCGCUCGCUUGGCGAUGUCGCCAAGCGAGUGGAUCUUCACCCGAUAUCCCCACCUACGGGUGGGCGAUAUCGAGUAGCAAGUAGCUUUAAAAAA